GCAUCAGUCCUGAGAUAUAUGCAUCAUGCCUGGCAGUGACUCGCUGAAUAUAUCAUACAUCGAACGAGCCCCUCGGCGGAAUCCCAAUGUACAGGCCUUCAAUCGGGGUAAGGAGGCUGCCUAUGCAGAGGCCUUGGAGUUUUGCAGACAAGGCUUGGGCUUCCUGGGGGACGAGAUUUUAUUGAAUGUCCGCUCAGAGAUGAAGCAGACGGCAGAGAGCAUUCGAUCUGAAGUGGCAGAGCUGGUGGAUAGCCACCAGCAGGAUAUUUCGGACAAGCUGGAUGCGCUGGCUGGGCAGAUGCACGGCUUUACCAGUGUCGAGAAACGCUCCCGAUCCCCGGAGGGCAGGUCCAGCGACAAGAGCGAAGCCAACCGCAGGCUGGUUCUUCGAAGGGAGGAGCAGAUUGUGCAAAUUCACGAGCAGCUCGCGAAGAUGUCGGAGCAGCUGAACAAAGUGCAGAAGAAGACUGACAUGGACAUGUUCAUGCAGCAGGUGGCGGGGAAGAUCGAUAUGCAGAAGAUGCUGGACGUGCAGACGAUGCAGGUGCUGCAGAAGGUCCGCGAGCUUCAGCAGACCUGCCCCCCCGACCUGUCCCUGGCCCUCUCCGAGCUGCAGGCGGCCCAGGCCCCUCCGGUGGAUCUGACGCCCAUCUUCGCGGAGGUCAGGCGGUCGCAGCAUGUGCUCCAGGAGGACUUUCAGGUGCUGAUGCAAGAGGUCAGCAAGGUGCAGCAGCACUUGCAGCUGGAUCACCUCCCCAUGAUGACAGAUCAGUACGAGACCGCCUGCGCUGUGGACUUCGAGUCGGAGGCCAAGGAUCCGGAGACCUUGGUGGAGCCUUUCGACGCCGAGCUGCUGGAGACCAAGGACUCAGACAAGGAGGGCAAGAAGGUCAAAGUGGUGCAGUUUGACGAGACUGCCAUUCGCAACGAAGAUGAGCAAAGUAUCUCCUUGAAAGUCAAGAAGCUCAAGAGGGUGCGGGAGAUGUCCGCGCAGACCGAUAAGAGCUUGCGGGACAGCCACGCUCAGACUGAUUUGGACUUUUCCAGGCAUACUAAGAAGAGCCACCGAAGUGCUCCGAAGAGCAAACCUGUACAGCCUGUGGCUCAACUGCGGCCUGGUCUUCAAGACAAAGAUGCCUUUAAAGAGCGGGCCAGGAAAGCCUUGUUGCGGCCACAGUACAACGUCUUCGACCAUUAUCACACAAGCGGCUUCUGCCAAAGUGUCGCAAGGCAUUACGUGUUCGACAACCUCACGGUUACUAUGGUUGCUCUCAAUGCAGUGUGGAUUGCCAUUGACAUUGAUUACAACUCCAGCGCCGUGCUUACUCAGGCCGACACCGUAUUUCAGGUCGUGGAACACAGUUUCUGCACCUACUUCUUCCUGGAGAUUCUCAUCCGCUUUGGCGCUUUUGCGCAGAAGAGACGAGCAUUGGUGGACCCGUGGUUCAUGUUUGAUGCGGUGCUAGUGCUGAAUAUGGUGGUCGAAACCUGGUUUGUGCCCAUCAUCAUCCUGGCGGCGGGGUCGGGGGGCAGCGACUUCGUGAACAUCUCCUUCCUGCGAAUGAUGCGCAUGGUGAAGUUGCUCCGCCUUUCGCGAAUUUCCAGGUUUAUCCGCUCAGUCCCAGAGCUCGUCAUCAUCCUGAAGGCCAUGGGCUUCGCAGCCCGCUCCGUGAUGGUAUUCUUCUUGGUGUGGCUUGUCAUUAUCUAUGUCUUUGCUGUGGUGCUGCGGCAGGCAACGCAAGAAUCUGAGGUUGGAAGCGUGCUCUUUCCUUCAGUGCCGGAUGCCAUGAACACUUUGCUACUGGAUGGCCUCCUGGCCGACUACUCUCCCUUCAUCAAGUCCAUGGGUGAGCACAGCCCUUUUCUGUAUGUGGGGGGCCUGGCGUACGUCCUCCUUGUGGCAAUCACUGUCAUGUACAUGCUGGUCGGAUGCCUCGUUGAAGCGGUAGGCGCCAUUGCCAGUUCGCAGAAAGAAGGCUUGGCCAUCAGCUAUGUGGCGGGCACUGUGCGGACCAAGAUGGAGUCUCUUGGGCACAGCCCGGACGCAGCCAUCUCGCUUCAAGAUUUUCAGCAGUACUUGACUGAUCCAGAGAUUGCUGGCAUUCUGGCCAGCGUGAAGGUAGAUGUGGUCAUUCUGGGGGAGAUGCUGGAGAUGGUUUAUGAGGACCUGGAGCGGCAAAAUGAGGCUAUGACCUUCGAGAAGAUGGUCGAAUUGAUGCUGAAUGGCCGGGGCUCCAACGUGGCCACAGUGAGGGAUAUCAAGGAGCUCCUGCGGAUGAUCAAGUCGGCCGUCAAAGUCGCUGGAAUAGAGACAUCCAAGAGAAUGACGGAGGAGCUGAACUCCAUGACAGCCACCCUUCAAACUCUACGCGAUGAGGGUGCAGAGAGCGCCGUCGGUUCAGACAGUAGCGACGAGGGGAGAGUGAUCGGGCCGCGGUCCAGCAGCACCAGAAAAGCAUCGCACACUCCACAUGGGAAUUGGUGAUGUACACCCGUGCACAUCUGGAAAUCAUGCACCGCCAUUUUUAGUCAUGCAGCAGAACACCUGCUGGUCACCUGUGCGUGACUUAAUGACUCGUAGCGAAUGUCUAAGACAAAGCUAACACCUUUAGUUCCAGCCUUUUGGAUCCGAUUCGGUUUCACCCGGGGAUCCAUGGGACAGGUGCCUCAUGGAGUCCCUCACUACUGGGCCCCCCUUGAAUAGUAG